AUGACGAGUGGGGCAGCUUCAACCACGAGGACCCGGGAUGGAGUACCUAUCUGGGAUGGUGACCCAGGGGGUUUUUCCGAGUUUGUGGAAGCUGCCAGGCUUUAUGAACAGGGAACUGCGCCGCACAAGAGGGCGCAGGUGGCUCCGCGAAUCGCUGCGGAAUUGACAGGGUCUGCCAAGAAGUUCAUCACGGGACAGCCGGCAGACUGGCUAUCCUUUGCAGGAGGCGUAGAAAGGCUUAUAGAGAAGCUGCGCCAAGGACUGGGCAGGCCGAAGAUUUCCGAGGUGACGGAGCACUUGAGCAAGUUCUUCAAGUACAGUAGAAGGAAACCAGGAGAAAGUAUCAAUGACUAUGUGGCACGACGCAGUGAGGUCUAUUUGCGGGCCCAACAGGCUAUGGCCAGAUUGGGUAAGACAGGCCGCAAGGCAAAGACCGAGAGCCCAUGGACGGUCAAUGAGCGGGGCAGCCACGCCGGAGCGUGGAGCCGCCGAAGCUCAGUGGACUCCGGGACCGAUGGGGCGGAUGAUCCACCUCCAGAGGAAGACGAAUCCACCGCCGCACCCGCUUCGAGCUGGACUUGGACUCCAGAGAAUUGGUGGACCAGCUCCUAUUGGGGAGGCUGGACAGGCUCUUCCUGGGACCAGUGGUCCUAUGGAUACCAAGGGCAAUCCUGGAAGAGCUAUGCGAGCUCUACCGAGACGCUUCCGGAGCUGAUUCCGGAUUUCAUCCAAGGCCAUCGGGCGGCCAACUGUCCUCUUCCUCCACCAGCAGCGAAUGUGGCCCACGAGGAGACAGCAUCAUUCAUCUGCUACGCGGAGGACGCGAUCCCAGAGAAGCCCACGGAGAUCUCCAAGGACGACCUCGGGCUCACUGAAGGUCACCAGCAGCAGGAGGCCAACGAGGAGACGAGCGCAUUCAUCGGCUACUUGGAGGACGCGAUCCCAGAGGCAGAGUCGGCACUGGCUACAGGCAUUUCCACAUCAGAGGCCGUGUCCCAAGGCAAGGCCAUCUUGGACUGCGGGGCCACUCGCAGUAUCGGCUCUGUCUAUGCUCUAGAACGCCUGAUGGAGAUGAACAUCAAGGUUUGGUUACUGUCUCUGAAGCGCCAGUUCACAGUGACAUUCGUGCCCGCAGAGAAGCAGAGCAUCGUGAAUUACAUGUUCCUGGAUGCGAGCAGCCACUUCCCAGAUCAAGAGGCGCCGAAGAUUCGCACCCUUCAAGCCAGUGCAGCCAUGGCACCAAAGACAGCCGGCCAGUUGCGAGAGAUGUUAAGCGAGCAUGGCGAGAUCGCCCCCAAGAGGUGGUCCAAGGUCGAGCUUCUUCAACGAGUGGAGGAGGUGACCGGGGUGGACUACACCAAGCCGCAGAAGAAGGAGAAGUCGGAGUACCAGAUGUACGUGACGGCUUUGAAUCAAGCGGCGACUCGCAAAGCCUCGCUGCAGACCUUCUGCCGGAAGUCUUUGGACAUGGAGGUCAACUACAACCUCACCAUCGCUCAGCUGCAGAAGGAGGCGCUCUCGGUGAUCUACGGGAAAGCGAGCCCCGACCCUUCCGAUCUGGUGGGUUUCGGGCGCCACAGCCAGCUGACGUAUGCCACGGUCAAGGCCGAGCAUCCGCAGUACAGUGCGUGGGUGAUCCAGACCGCUCGCGAAGGACAAUGCAACCCACGCUUGCGCAGGCUGGCGGGAUGGCUGGCCAACGACCCUGUGCUUGUAAAGCGGGCACAGGAGGAGUUCAUGACGCUGGGCCAGACCAAGGACAAGGUGGAGUACGACCCCACGCGAGAUGAGUGGCAAUGUGAUGGCCAAGAAGGGAGCUGCAUCAAGCGGGUCUUGGCCAGCUUGGUGCAGACGAUCGAGACCCUCAAGGAGGAGAUGGCCACCUUGAAAGGGGAGAGACCUCGCAAGAAGCCCAUCGGCGAGGACAACGAGUCAACGACGAGCUUCUCCGUGGUGAACUCGAAGUAG